GUGUAAACGAAAUUCAAUAUACUGAUAUGCUGCUUUGAAACUGUAUAACAAAUGGAAGAGACAGCCAAUCAUGGCCUAAUCGCUGCCACUAAUUCCAUUAGCUAGCCGGCAAUGUGGCUGCUUCUCUGUUGUUAGCCAUUUCCACUCGUCCGAUUAUUUUGAACCAAAAAUUGUAACAAACAAUAAAAGAAGUAAGGGGGCAAUACAAGUUUGCAACUACCACAGGGCUAAAAUAGAGAGAGAAAGGGCUUUCAUCACCCCAAUCCGCUGCUUUUUCCCUUCCCAUUUGUGCGACGAUCCAACACGAAAAGAUGACUCUUUGGAAGAGGGCGGCCGGUGCUAUCAAAGACAGGAACAGCAUAGUCGUGGCCAAUCUUUCCAGAAAGAGUUCCUUCAGGAAUCCUGAUAUUGAGGCUGCCAUCAUCAAGGCCACUAGUCACGAUGAAUAUUUCAUUGAUAAAAGGAAUGCCCAAAGAGUCUUUUCGUGGAUUCGGGCGUCGCCAAUUAGCCUUCGUCCUUUUAUUUGGGCUCUGUCUAAACGGAUGGAGAAGACGCAGAGCUGGGUGGUUGCCAUCAAGGGGUUGAUGCUCAUGCAUGGUGUCUUUUGUUGUAAGGUCCCAGCUGUUCAAAAGAUAGGCCGUUUGCCAUUUGAUAUGUCGAGUUUCAGCGACGGACAUUCCAGGUCAAGCAAAACGUGGGGUUUUAAUGCUUUCAUUCGUGCUUACUUUGCGUUUCUAGAUCAAAGAGCUAUCGUUUCGUUUGAGCAAGACAACAAAAGGGACGAACAACGUUCAUUGAUGCUGCAGCAGCUGUCGAAACUGCAGAAAUGGCAAUCUUUGCUUGAUAUGUUGCUUCAAAUUAGGCCUCUAGCGGAUAAUAUGAAGGUUGGUUUGAUUCUGGAAGCCAUGGAUUGUGUUAUCAUUGAGAUAUUUGAUGUUUAUAGCAAAAUAUGCAGCGAGAUUGCAAGGGUUUUGAUGAAAAUAUAUUCAGUUGGUAAAGUUGAAGCAGUAAUGGCCCUUAAGGUUCUUCAAAAGGCAAUGAUGCAGGGUGAGGAACUUUCUCUAUAUUUCGAAUUUUGCCAGGAAUAUGGUGUUUUAAACGCCAGCGAAUUCCCCACAGUUACUCAGAUUCCGGAGGAAGAUGUUCAGGAACUUGAGAGAAUAAUCAAUGGGGUAUCAGAGAAGACAUACAAGGACGUGGAUUUCAAGGAAAACAACCAAAUGGCUAUAGUUGUGAGAGAAGGAAAUAAUGCAAUUGUUGAACAGAAAGAACCAAAGGGAGCUCUGAAGACAAUAAUAACAGACAAAUGGGUGGUUUUUGAUGAAAAUGUUAUAAUGAUCAAUGGAGAGAAUACUGGUUUCUCUAAUCAUAAGAAUACUGCUGCUGCUGCUGCUAGAGAUCUCCCUCUUGUACCCAUUGAUGUGCCUGUUUAUAAUCAUUAUGAAAUUCCGGAUUUAAUUACUUUCUAGCAGUGGGAACAAUAAUUGUGUGUGUCUAGCUCUGCUCUCAAGUUCCUUCAAUUACAAAUAUAGAAAAAAAAAAAUUCUUUAGAUCAGAGUUAUAGUACAUUCUUAAUAUUUUUCUGAUCUAUAUAUUGAAUUGACAUCAUGAUCUGAACUUCUUUUAAUUCAUGGGAUAUCCAUCUAUAUAUAUAUAUAUAUAUAUGUAUGUACUGUUUUUAUUUGAUUAAUUAAGGUGCAUGGAUAUCAUGAGAGAAAUGGUUGAUUGGGCUUGAGAAAAACAGAUAUCAAGUUUCCAUUUCAGAGAUUUCGCAGAAAGAUCUUUCUCUCUUUAAUUUCUUUGGGUUUUUGGGG